AUGGGUACUCUGUUUCUCAUUUUUCUUCUCUCUCUGGCCAUUCAUUCUCCACCUUCUUCUUCAACCUCCGACUCAUUGAGCAGAGGCUCCUCCCUCUCUGUAGAGAAACCAGAAGAUGUUUUAGUUUCAGCUGAUGGUGUUUUCACUGCUGGCUUCCACCAAGUGGGCAACAAUUCAUUUUGUUUUGCCAUUUGGUUCACGGAGCCAUCAAUCUCCGACCACUAUCGAAACCGCACCGUUGUCUGGAUGGCCAAUCGUGACCAACCGGUGAACGGAAAACGCUCAAAGCUCUCCCUCCAAAAAACUAGUAACCUCAUCUUAACUGAUGCGGGUCAGUCCAUUGUUUGGGCCACAACCACUACUUCUUUCUCACCAGCUCACUUGAGCCUCCAAAACUCUGGUAAUCUGGUUUUACUUCACUCGGGGAGUGUCGUUUUAUGGCAAAGCUUUGAUUCUCCAACUGAUACCCUCCUCCCACUCCAACCCUUCACCAGAAAAGCAACACUUAUCUCCACCAGAAGCCAGAGCAACUUCUCCUCUGGUUUCUAUAAGCUGUUCUUCAACAAUGACAACCUUCUUCGUCUUCUUUUCGACGGUCUCGAGAUUUCCAGUGUUUAUUGGCCCGACCCUUCUCGUGUGAGUUGGGAUAAUGCAAGGAACACAUACAACAACAGCAGAAAUGCCAUGCUUGAUUCCUUAGGCAGUUUUAUCUCAUCAGACAACUUGACUUUUCUGUCAGCCGAUUAUGGCGCAAAGCUGCAGAGAAGACUGAGGAUUGAUUUUGAUGGUAAUGUUCGAUUGUAUAGUCGAGAAAAUUCAGGAGAGAAAUGGGUAGUUUCAUGGCAGGCCAUCUCGGACUCUUGCAUGAUCCAUGGGAUUUGCGGAGCAAACAGCGUGUGUAGCUAUGACCCUGGUUUUGGUAGAAAAUGCUCAUGCCUUCCAGGAUAUCAGAUUAUAAAUCAUACUGAUUGGUCUUUUGGGUGUGAACCACGAUUCAAUGACUCUUACACCAAAGUUAAUGAGUCCAGUUUCCUAAAACUUUCUCAAGUUGAGUUCUCUGGUUACGAUUAUAGCUCCUACCAAAAUCGCAGCUAUGGAGAGUGCGAGCGCAUAUGCUUGGACCUGUAUAACUGCAGGGGGUUCCAAUACACAUUUGACAGUGGAAGUGGUGUUUAUAACUGCAACCCGAAGACGCAGUUACGAAGUGGUCGCAGAUCGGAUUUACAAGGAUACCUUUAUCUGAGACUGCCUAAAGCCUACCUCUUCUCAAAUCACUCUGACACGAAGUACCUAAAACAAUUUGGGCUUAAUUGCGCAGACAGAGUUAUUUAUCUUGACCGGCAGUAUGUAAAAAAGCUUGUUAGUAAGCCAGUAAAAUUCCUGCUGUGGUUUGCCUGUGGAUUGGGAGGGUUUGAGAUCAUUUGUCUCCUUUUGUUUUUCGGUUUGUUAAGUAGUAGAACCCGGAAAAGUUCCAAGCAGGAUAUGCAUGAUGGAUACGUUCUUGCUGCAACUGGGUUCAAAAGAUUUAGCUAUGCGGAGCUCAAGAAGGCGACACGGGGUUUUAGUGAAGAAAUUGGAAGAGGUGCCGGAGGAAUUGUGUACAAGGGUGUAUUGGCUGAUGAACGAGUUGCAGCAAUUAAGUUGCUUAAUGAAGCUAUUCAAGGAGAAGCUGAGUUUCUAGCUGAAGCUAGCACCCUUGGGAGGCUGAACCAUAUGCACUUGAUAGAAAUGUGGGGAUACUGCUCAGAGGGAAAGCGAAAGCUGCUUGUUUAUGAGUACAUGGAGCAUGGUUCCUUGGCACGCAAUUUGUCUUCCAAUGUUCUUAAUUGGGAGAAGAGGUUUGAGAUUGCUGUAGGCACAGCAAAAGGUCUUGCUUAUCUGCAUGAAGAGUGCUUGGAGUGGGUUUUACACUGUGAUGUCAAGCCUCAAAACAUACUCUUGGACUCGAAUUACCAACCAAAGGUGGCUGAUUUUGGCCUUUCCAAGCUAUUCAACAGAGGGGAGCUUAAGAAUUCGAUCUUUUCGAGGAUAAGAGGAACCAGAGGUUACAUUGCUCCAGAGUGGGUUUACAAUCUGCCCAUCACAUCCAAAGUGGAUGUAUACAGCUACGGGAUUGUUGUGUUGGAGAUGGCAACCGGAAAGAACCCGACAAUGGGCGUGGAUGCUAUUGACGGGGAGCAGAGAAGACUUAUCAUGUCUGUUAGGGAGAAGGUAAAUGGAACUAGUGCUAUUGGACCACAGAUGAGAAUGAUCAUGGACCCCUCGUUCGAAGGUGAAUACGAUGUGGAGAAGAUGGAAAUUCUUCUAAGGGUCGCUUUACAAUGCGUAGAGGAAGACAAAGAUGCAAGACCAACCAUGAGACAAGUUGUUGAGAUGCUUCUGCACCAUGACAAGGAUUAA